CCCUUGCUGCUCGAACCCCUGCCAGAACAGAGGGGUGUGCAUGACGACGGGGUUCGACCGCUACGAGUGCGACUGCACGAGGACGGGAUUUUACGGGGAAAACUGCACAACACCGGAGCUCCUCACGUGGCUGAAGCUGACACUGAAGCCUACACCAAACACCGUCCACUACAUCCUCACGCACUUCAAGGGGCUCUGGAAUAUCAUCAACAACAUCCCCUUCCUACGAGACACCAUCAUGCGAUACGUGCUAACAUCAAGAUCACAUUUGAUUGAUAGCCCCCCAACUUACAAUAGUGACUAUAACUACAAAAGCUGGGAAGCAUAUUCCAAUCUCUCCUAUUACACAAGGAGCCUGCCACCAGUGGGACUUGACUGCCCAACACCAAUGGGUGUUAAAGGGAAGAAAGAGCUCCCAGAUUCAAAGCUGAUUGUGGAGAAAUUUUUGCUGCGGAGGAAGUUUAUUCCUGACCCCCAAGGCACAAACGUGAUGUUCACAUUCUUCGCUCAGCACUUCACUCAUCAGUUCUUUAAGACAGAUCACACGAAAGGACCUGGCUUCACGAAAGCUCUUGGCCAUGGGGUUGACCUGAACCAUAUUUACGGAGAGACUCUAGAGAGACAACUUAAAUUGAGACUUCUUAAGGAUGGAAAACUAAAAUACCAGAUGAUUGAUGGGGAAAUGUACCCACCCACAGUGAAGGACACGCAGGCAGAAAUGCUGUACCCUCCUCAUGUUCCUGAGCACUUGCAGUUCUCCGUCGGGCAGGAGGUGUUUGGUUUGGUGCCAGGUUUAAUGAUGUAUGCUACAAUAUGGCUCAGAGAACACAAUCGAGUCUGCGAUAUCCUGAAACGGGAGCAUCCCGAGUGGGAUGACGAGCGCCUCUUCCAGACUACCAGGCUCAUAUUGAUAGGAGAAACCAUCAAGAUUGUUAUUGAAGACUAUGUACAACACCUGAGUGGCUACCACUUUAAACUGAAGUUUGAUCCCGAGCUGUUGUUCAACCAGCGCUUUCAGUACCAGAACCGCAUUGCAGCUGAAUUCAACACUCUGUACCACUGGCACCCACUUCUGCCAGACACCUUCCAGAUACAUGACCAGGAAUACACUUUCCAGCAGUUCCUCUACAACAACUCCAUAAUGCUGGAACAUGGCCUUUCCCAUAUGGUGAAGUCUUUCUCUAAGCAGAGUGCUGGCCGGGUUGCUGGGGGAAAAAAUGUUCCUGCUGCAGUACAGAAGGUAGCAAAAGCUUCAAUAGACCAAAGCAGACAAAUGAGAUACCAGUCCUUGAACGAGUACAGAAAGCGCUUCAUGUUGAAACCAUUUAAAUCAUUUGAAGAACUUACAGGAGAAAAAGAAAUGGCAGCAGAACUGGAGGAGCUUUAUGGAGAUAUUGACGCUAUGGAGCUGUAUCCAGGCCUCCUGGUAGAGAAGCCUCGACCAGGCGCCAUCUUUGGCGAAACGAUGGUGGAAAUCGGAGCGCCGUUCUCCCUGAAGGGACUGAUGGGCAAUGCUAUCUGCUCCCCCGAGUACUGGAAACCCAGCACUUUUGGGGGAAAAGUGGGCUUUGAAAUAAUCAAUACAGCCUCCCUGCAGAAGCUCAUCUGCCACAACGUGAAAGGCUGCCCCUUCACAGCGUUCCACGUCCUAAACCCCGACCCCACAGAGGCAACCAUUAACGUCAGCACUUCAAACACGGCCAUGGAAGAUAUCAACCCCACACUACUACUGAAAGAGCGAUCAGCUGAGUUAUAAAAUAUCCACCUAUUUAUUUAUUUAAUUAUAUAACUUAUUGUAUUUAUGUCUUAACUAUUAUUACUAUUUUUUAAAAGAACUCAUGUGUCUUCACUUUGGAGUUUGCCCUAGAUUUCUUACUCAGGUAAGGCUUCCAUUUACAAAAGGGAUUUUUGUAUGUCUGAGCUCAACAGUACCAAAUCCCUUGUUAAAAUUCUUCUGUAACAGAACUAUGUAUGCCAAAGUGGACAGA